UCAGUGUAUAUGCGAGCGAGCAAACACACUCACACAGGGCCACACAUACAUACACACAAGUCAUACACAGAAAGGGGGGUGAGAUUUUAAGCUCACAAAAACACACAGCUGUGUUAUUCAGAAACGCCUCAUAAUUCCUCCAUGUUAGAUUGGCCAGGCCCAGUCACCCCGGGCAACAGGGGAAGCUUAUCAGCUCCUCACCCUAUUCCCCUACCAGCCUGGCCUAAUUCACAAUGCUCUUUGUACACACACACACACACACACACACACACACACACAAAGGACAGCGAGUGUGUUAUGGAGCUUAUCACUGUCCCUAAGGGUCUGGCAGCAACUUCACAGGAUCAGAUCACAUGACUGAAGCCACAGACACCAACACAUGUGAUGGAUGAACCUUCUAGAUGGACUGUGUCAUGUCCCAAAUAUUCUUAAAAACCUCGUCACCAUUGUCCAUGGAAACAAGGAGUCAUUUAACAAUAUUGGGAAAUAUACAGGACACAGAGAACAUGAGGAAGCAUUAGCGAUAACCCAACAUUCAAAACAACCACAAUACAAGAUGGCAGACUGGCAGACGUACAAUGGAACAUUUCUCUCCGUGGUGACAGCUGUUCCAGCGCUGUUUGGCUCCCUCCCGCUCUCUCAGGAGGAAGUGGAGCCCACAGAAUGGGUUGUGCUUCCUGUGCGAUAACAGCCUCAGUCGCAUCUUGCUCUCUCAGCCGUCACAUGCGCACGCGCGCGCGCACACACACACACACAGACACUAUGGAAGAAACAACACAAAGAGCAACAUAUCUACUGAACAGGCAAAACAGAAAAUACUGGCAUUCAAAAUGCAUCGGCAUGAAUAUAGCAUGCAUGAUGUCUGACCUGUGAGCAGCUCUCGGGCUGUCUCAUGGGAAGUCUCUCUCUAAGGGGUUUAAGGAUAGAGUGGGAGGAGCUCAGGUAAACAGAGGCAUGUAGCACAACAACUGUCGUCAUGGUGCAUGUUACCUGUACGUGGUUCUUUACCUACUGUGUGUGAGAAAGAGAGGUCAUGGUAGGCCAGAAACAGCUAAACAGGAUUUUCUGGUGCUAACAACAGUCAGUAACUGCCUGAAGAGUGGAGGACAGUCUCUCUGUUCCCUUUUCUCAGGUUGAGACCACAGGACCGUUGGCGGCCUCCACUUCUUCAUCGAGGGUAGAAACUUAGAAAGAGAGAAGGAAACAAGUAAUUGAUUCUCCCUGCAACUUCUCUGUCUCUUUUCCUGUUCAACAUCUCAUCUAUGGAACAUCUACUGAGGACUCCUGCAGGAUUUUACCUCAACAAUUGAACCAACUAGCCAAGCCAACACUCACUCUUCUGAGAGGUCAAGCCACUGUGCUGGAGUGAGGAACGAGUUACUAGCCAGCUAUUUAUCUGAAGUUACUUUCAUUUAGACAGUUUAGUCACUGUGCUGUUCAGGCAUGCAGUUAAGAGUGACUCAUCCUCAGCAGGACCUGUGAGAAACAGACAGGGGGAAGCUUUUGAUACGACUCUCUGCUCAGGAACUUCUGGAACACAGAACCUGUGAUUUGACACCUGUAACUUCGAUUUGGUGCUCUGGAACUUAAAACGUGUUGUGUGAAACUGUUGGACAUCUGAUGUGGAAUGCUGGGAUGAUGACAUCGUAGACCUGUGAUUGGAGUAUUCUGGGAUGUCUUCCAUGCUGCAGCAGACGGAACUCAUCUUUGAGUUUGCCAGCGACCACGUGAACAAUGGACUACAGCUGGAUGAGCACUUGGCCUAUCCUGCAGUGAUAGUGGAGCAGAUCCCACAAUCCCACCUGCUCUCCUACACAGGCCUGGCCUGUGAGCAGACACACACAGAAGACCACCUGCUAACAACAGUGGAGGACAGUGAGAGUGGAGAUGAGGAAACCAUGGAAACACUGGUGGCAGCUGAGACUCUCCUCAACAUGGACUCCCCUGACUCCCUCUCUCUGGACCAACAGCACUACACCCAGCUGUACGUCCCUGCCCUGGGUGAUGUCAUCACGUCACCCGUUACCCACCAGUUGACGGUGUCAGCGGAAGGCCUUGUGGGAGCUCUGGGCCAGCCCCAGUGGGUCACACUGCAGAGGGAGACUGUUGCUGAGCAACCAAAGAAGAAGAGAGCUAAGAAAUCCAAAAGGCCUGAAUCCCCCACACCGGACAUCACAUUCAAGAGGGGCAAAUACAGCAAAGGUAACACUAUGUUCUUGUGGCAGUUCCUGAUUGAGCUUCUCCAGGACAGACAGGCCUGCCCACGUUACAUCAAAUGGACCAAUCGGCAUGCAGGGAUCUUUAAGCUGGUCAACUCCAAGGCUGUGGCCAGACUCUGGGGCAAACACAAGAACAAACCAGACAUGAACUAUGAGACCAUGGGCCGAGCACUCCGGUACUACUACCAGCGUGGGAUUCUGAACAAGGUGGAGGGUCAGAGGCUGGUCUACCAGUUUGCCUCUCUGCCCAAAGACAUGGUCUUCAUCAGCGACGAUGAAGACCAGGAGGACCAAGACAAUCAUGAGGAAGAAGAGGACGAUGGCGAUGAUGGCGUCCCAGAUGACCCAGAGGACAGUCUGCCCUACAGCGACCAAUCCCUGGACGAUUUAGGGUCCUACGAGCAUUCUUUCCUUCCCCCUCCCCAGGCUACCAGAGGCUACCAUAGGCCCAGACAGACCAGCACAGGUCCAGCUGCAGCCCAGCGGCACCGACCUGGCCCAAAACCCAAGACCCAACCCCCAGCCUCGUCCUUAGCCCAUCGCAGGACAGUCCUCCGGCCACCAGGGGGCAGUCUGAUCCAGCAGCAGCAUCUGCCUAUAGUCUCAGCUGAGAUGCUGCGGACCCUGCAGAACGUGCAGUCUUUGCAGCCUGGUCAGCAUGGGUCAGUCUUCAGAACUGCUCAGCUGCUGGGGAGUCUGUGUGAGAGACAGGCUGCUAGUGCAGAACAGACCACCAGUCAGAUAGUGACUCUGCAGUUACAGCCCUUGACCUGCCCUGUCAAGCAGGAGGAGCUAGAGGUUAGGACUGAGGAGGACCCAGACUCAGGACUGAUUGUGGAGUAGGAUGCCCCGAGACAUCUGAUCAGUAUCAGCCACUGUCCUUGCCCCAUAGCCAAGAUGACUGCAGAAGACAAUGAUUUUCAAAGGGAGACUUUAGAGAAAGAUGUUGGACAGUUGUGAUGUAAAUUUGAUUUAUUUUACAGAUGUGACAGACCUGCAUGGUCUUUCUCUCACUCUUACAUUCCCUUAUGCACCAGAGCCAUUCUUACAGAGAGUUAACCAAACUGUUUUCCAUGUUGGCACCAAACACUCCAUGUCGAUAACAUUCCUAAUCGGCAUUCUAACAAGAAUGUAAUUGUCUUAGAACUCUUGAUACCAACAUGACAGACAUUCUAAUUGCCGACCAAAGACAUGCACUGGAUUCUACAGCCUCGCUGCAGAGCAUCCUGCUCUGCUCUAUCUGUGUUCGCAAUUCAGCUCCACUGAAUGCAUGGGAGCUCGUGCACUGUUCUUGUUCUAUUAACAUGUACCAUUUCUUUGUCACCACUCUCUCACCUACCAAAGUGCCUCAAAUAAUAAUUUUCCAGCUUUCACCAAAGACAGUCUUAAAUCUGUAGCACGCUAGCUACCACAUGAGGUAAACGUGUCCUAGUCGAUAUGUUUAGGGAGUACAUUCCAUAGAGAUGGCACAUCGCACGGUUUGUGGUUCUAGUGUUUGUCAGCAGAUCAUUCAACGUGCUGUGUUGUAGGGACCACUCGCUGUAGACAUCUGACUGCCUACAUUUUCCACAGGAUUCUACAUGUAAAAUCGGAAAUUAUGUUCAGAGAUGCUAAGUACUCUCGGCCAGCAAACCCUAGUGGUGUGUCUGAGCCCUUAACUUUACAGGCUUUUGGUUACAUUCAUACUUAAGUAGAGAAUACAAAUAAAUACAAAUCAAAAGGGAUUUUCUGUUUCAUUUUUGCAGCAGUACUGUUGGCUUUACUGCAUCUUAAUCUCAAUGUUGACAGGGUGGCUGAUGACUAUCAAUGAUGAUAACGCUCACACUUUUGCUUUUAAGAGAGUAAACGUACUUCUGCCAGAGUUGGUAGUUGCCCAAUGACCCUGAUCUAAGGUUUUCCCUGGUCAUCAUUUGGGGACGGUAAGCUGAUCCUAGAUCUGCCCCUAUGGGAAACUCCUACCUGGAGCCCUUCUGCCAGCAAUCUUGUUAGCAUUCCUGAUAUGCUGUAAUAGUUAUACAUGUGCUUUCCUGGACCAUAUAUGCCUUGAUAUAUAUGCGUUUGUGAACAUGUGACUUAAUACUUUUUCUGUCAGUUGUUUCUCAGGUGCAUCUGUGUUUAUUUGCUGCACAAACACAGUAUAUACCAUCCCAAUUCCCAAAUGUACUCAUCUAUGCAAAGAAGUAUGGUGAUGUUGCUCCUCAGGUCUAGACUCUGAUCUAUGGUUAGUUUUGCUGAUCCUACAAAGAUGGCUUAUAUAUAUAUAUCCUAAUAAAAAGCAAAUUUUCCCAGGCAAUCUUUUCCUUUAAUAAUAUUGCCUUAUGCUUCUUUGCUUUUGCUGGAAGUCUCUGAUAUAUUUGUUACUGCUAUUGUGUGAGGAACUAAUUGUGAAAAUAUAUACAGAAGGAGUUGAUAAAAUAGGAAUUAUUAAACUUGUUUUCAAGAAAUAAAAGUUUGAAUGAA